CGCGUGGACCCAAACCGCUUCCAAGGACCCGCUCGGCCCGUUCCGAACUGAACGACGGAGUCUCCGGUUCUUGAAACCGCCCCCGCCCCGCCUGCCCGCCGCCCGCGCUCUGUGCUCCCUCGGCUGCUGCGCCCUCCCCCGCCCUGCAGUCAGACAACCGAAGCUCCUUUGCUGCUUCCAGCGGCGGCGGCGGCUUCUUCCUCCGCGGACACAGAGAGAGGGAGGGAGGGAGAGGGAGAAGCGAGCGAAGGAUGCUUAUAAGAAACAAUAUUCAUGA